GUAUGAUAACAGACCAGGCAGCGAAGACAGCUGCCAGCUGUAAUUGAAAGACUGGAGUUCUUGAUUUUUCCUUUUUAAGACCACAAUUUUCAGGCCUAGUUGGAUCGUUUCUGCAACUUGCAAUGGCUUCCUCGAAUGAUAGCUUUCUCAUUUGCUUUACUUGUGGCACACAGUUCGACACUACCGACAGAAAUGCGCUCAAGUCCUGUAGGAUUUGCGAUGAUCCCCGGCAAUUCGUUCCGCCCUCGGGGCAGAGCUUCACGACCCUAGCAGAUAUAAGGAAAGACCGGUACAAGAAUAAAAGAGAGCAAUACUCGGAGGACAAUCGAAUAUGGUUCAUAUGGACAGAACCUAAGUUUGCCAUUGGUCAGCGUGCGAUUCUGCUUCAAACUCCCUCCGGAAACGUCCUAUGGGAUCUCAUUACUUACCUCGAUGAUGACACCGCUGAAUUUAUUGAUUCCAUAGGCGGUCUCAGAGCUAUCGUAAUUUCUCACCCCCAUUACUACACUACACAUGUUGAGUGGGCUCAGAGAUUUCAAUGUCCUGUGUAUUUGGCAUUGGAAGAUAAAAAAUGGAUAAAUUGCACAGAAGGCGGUCAGAAGUAUCGGAGGUUCAUUGAUCAGCAGCGAGAAGAGAUUGUUGAAGGAGUGACUGCAAUAAAGACAGGAGGACAUUUUGACGGAAGCAUGGUCAUGCAUUGGGAAGAUAAGCUUCUUAUUGCCGACACAUUCGUUACUGUCCCGUCAGCGCUCUACCACAUUAACCGUGUCCCUGGAACGACGUCCUAUAGCUUCAUGUGGUCAAUCCCAAAUAUGAUUCCGCUUCCUCCUCUUGAGAUCGAGAAAAUCUGGGGAGCGCUAAAACCAUUUGAGUUCAACACAACUCUCGGUGCAUUCAUGGGAAUGAACGUGCGGGGCCGAGAUGUCAAGGCGCGGGUUCUAGAGAGUAUGAAGAUCCAAAUUAAGGCCGAAGGACAUCCGGAACACGCAUUCUUAAGUGAAACAUGGCCCUGAGAAUGGCUCAUACUCUUGGAUGCCGAAAUUUGUUAUCUAAGCUUCACAAAAGUUGCCUGACAGCAUAUAAUCUUACUACUAAUGCUUUCCUGUAGCUACGAAGUUUGGAUGCUUAGGGCAUCGUCGAUAAAAAGGAAGU